CUGCUUUCGAUUGUUGGCGGGCGCCGCCAUCUUGGUCAGUGAGCUUGCGAGUGGCUGUGCGACGAGGACUACGUUUUUCGGUGAAACGAGUAAUUCGUGCGAUUUCCUUCAAACCCUGCGUCCAACCGUUGAAAUCCACGAGCAUCGAAGAUGUCGGAACGGGAGGAUAACGUUUAUAAGGCGAAAUUGGCCGAGCAAGCGGAACGCUACGACGAGAUGGUCGAAGCGAUGAAGAAGGUCGCCUCGUUGGACGUAGAGCUGACCGUCGAGGAGAGGAACCUCCUUUCUGUUGCCUACAAAAACGUGAUCGGCGCGCGGAGGGCUUCCUGGAGAAUAAUUUCAAGCAUCGAGCAGAAAGAGGAGAACAAAGGCGUCGAAAGAAAGCUGGAAAUGAUCCGUCAAUACCGAUCUCAAGUGGAGAAGGAACUUAAAGACAUCUGCGCCGACAUCCUUGGUGUUCUGGACAAACAUCUGAUUCCAUAUGCGUCCACUGGCGAAUCAAAAGUCUUCUAUUACAAAAUGAAGGGCGAUUACCACCGCUACCUGGCCGAGUUCGCCGUUGGUAACGACAGGAAGGAGGCCGCAGAAAAUUCUCUGGUCGCUUACAAAGCGGCGAGCGACACCGCCAUGACGGACCUGCCACCGACUCAUCCCAUCCGCUUAGGAUUGGCGCUGAACUUCUCCGUCUUUUAUUAUGAGAUUCUCAAUAGCCCAGACAGAGCGUGCCGUCUUGCGAAGGCGGCCUUUGACGACGCGAUCGCGGAGCUGGACACCUUGUCCGAAGAGAGUUACAAAGAUUCAACCCUUAUCAUGCAGCUACUUAGGGACAAUCUCACUCUGUGGACGUCGGAUAUGCAAGGAGAUGGGGAGGGCGAACAGAAGGAGCAGCUGCAAGACGUGGAAGAUCAGGACGUAUCGUAACUCUAACUGUAAUGUUCUUUCACACUCAAACAAUUACACUUGCGCGCUUCUUCCGCGACAAGAGGAGCAUCGAAUAUCGACGGAUAGAAGCGUGGAAAAAAAUGAAAGAAAAUCAUGGUAGAUGAGCUUUUUUUAAAUGGAAAAGGAAGACACAAAAAACAUGGUCAUGUUUCAGAGACAGGAAUAAAAAAAAAAAUUUGCAAAAAACCAUCAUCAAGUAGCUAUCUAGCUAGUCUGUAAUUUGUGGUUGUACUUUUUCAUAUGCCUCCAUGUGUAAACUAUAAACGAUCGCUGUGGUAUAACGAAUUACAGAAUAAACGAUUGUAUCCCGA